AUGUCGCCCCAAAUUCUUUUAAUACUCUUCGCAGUGUUCGCUUCUUGUCUUCAAAGAAGUACUGCAAUGGAUUCUGACGAAUCGUUCAAGUCAUUGCUCGGAAUGCAAAGUCGGGACAGGCCACCGAGCAAUGACUCAGUCACAACGUCAGCAGAAAAUUCAGCAGAUUAUAUGUUACGUCUCCUUAAGAUGUUUGGUCCCAUCCAAGGAAACACUAUGCUUGGUUUCACAGAUAUUGGUGAGUUGAUUUGUAACCAGUGCGAAAUUUUUUUGAUUCCAAAUGUUAAAACGUGUUGUGGUCUGGUCUCUUUUCACCUGCCGAUUCACUGAGCGGGGUAGUGGGGUAAAAUGCUUGCCCAGAUAACGGCUACCUUAGUGUUUCCACAGGCUGUCUUCCAGCCUCAUCCGUUUUACUAUCAUUGCGGAACACAACUCAAGUUAAUUUCAAAAGUGCAUUUUCCCUUAUAAUUUUUAAGAUCGUCCGAUGUACUUUUUCCUUUCAAUUUCGUAUGACAAACCUUUUUCUCGCUUGUUAAUUUUUUGGGUUUGUGUGUAGAUACUGUAUCUGUUUUCUUUACUAACCCUUUUUUCGCGUGAUUUUGUACCUAAACUCUAUGCAAUCGAACCAUCUGGGUCUCUGAUAAUUUUUCUUUAACUUUUACUCAAUACCACAUAAAUAAGUUUAUCUGGGUGUGACAGCAUCACUUCUUCGCAAUGUCGUGUUUGGAUCUUCGGUUGAUGCUAAAAUUAGCCCGUAGAUGUCCUCUGUGGCUAAGAGAUGAACUAACUUGUGAACUCAUGAAGUUUGCAAAGUCCUUUGCGAAACACUUUCGACUUCUUCGUGAAAAUUUUCCCAAUCUUGCUUGGAAAGGGGAAAAAAGGGUUUACAACCGAUCAUUGCUGAGGAAGAAACCGCCUUAAAAGUUAGUUGUUCCCACCAGUUCUCGAACUCGCGAGUCACGGUUAGCUGAGGGACGCAAGGUAGUCAGUGCCUGCUGAAUUUGACAUUAAGACUUGCAAUUAAAUUCUGGAGGCUAAGCAAUGCACUUUUUUCGCAGAGUAGGUAAUUCGAUCGUCUGACAAACCAAAGCUUAAAACCAAGAGAACGUACCAGAAAUAAAAGGCAGAACAAGUAUUGAUUACUAUCAAUUUGAUUUCCGUCGAUUAUGCCUGAUGGUAUUGUUAUGAAAUAAUAAUCUACAAACGCAUUAAAAACCAUUUUGUUCCUUAAGUGGUUUCAUGUUAAUUGAGGUAUGAUGCCCUGACGAUAUUGAACAUGGCAGGAAAUAAAAUUAUUAAAAAUUGAUUAAAAUCUAGACGUCUUAUCAAUUGUUUUGUCCUAAUUUAAGGAAAGCUAAACGCUAGCUUAUUCUGCCUGUUAUUCUUCUGACUAUUCUGACAUAUCAUUUGGCAGCGGCAUGAUAACAAUCCCUCCGUGAAUACCGCCUGGUUUGGGGGAGGGGAGGAGGGGAUAGGUUAUUAUACGGUUAGACAUCGCUUUGAUAUUAUCUAUUCAUAAUGAAAUAUUAUAUGCGAAAAGGAGUCCACAUAAAAAUGCACUGAUCACGUCUACAACUGCUCUUAGAGGAAGUUGCAUAUGUCAUUUUGUUUCUCUUAUCUUCUCAGAUGGCAAGAGCGACAGGCAUCUGAAAUUUAAUAUUUCAUUUCAAAGAACGAAAGUGCUGACAUUUGCUGAACUUCAGCUUUACAAACUUCCUCUCAAACUUCCCCACGAAAAUUUCACCUCGACAGCAUCAGUCUUCAUCUUCGACAUUCACAGUGGACAGAGGUUGUCAUCUCAAACUGUCUCCAUGGAGACAGUUGGUUGGAUAAACUUUACAUUACCAUUGGACGUCAUUAAUGAAUGGAAUGAAAAGCCAGAUCGAAACACUGGAAUCAAAGUGAACAUCAGCGACACAACGAUGUCACCUUUAAUCAGAUUUGCGACAAAAGAAAUAAACUCUAGUUUGGAAAUGCUUCUUCUCAUUCAUACCACGGAUCUGUCGAAAAGUUUCCCGAAACUGGGCAUCAAUUUCACACCCAUCGCUAACCCACCGAGGCGCAUGCGCAGGUCAUUACACCCCAAUCAUAAAGGACCUUGUGGACGUCACGAACUGAGCGUGCAUUUUAAAGACCUAGGGUGGGAUAAGUGGAUUAUUGCCCCCAGUAAGUACUCAGCGUAUUACUGCGCAGGAAAAUGCAAAAAUGCUGACGUCAACAUAGAGACAACAAAUCACGCCCGGAUACAGUUAUUCUUAAGUGAACAUGACUCGAACCCGCCAGCUUCACCUUGCUGCGUCCCAGGCGAAUUAGGAUCCAUUGACCUGUUGUUCAACGGCGAACCAGGGCAAAGCACUUACAUCCUCAAGAAAAUGGAUGAAUUUGUAGUGAUGUCCUGUGCCUGUCUGUGA